AUGUCCACACUCCCAGAUGCAUCUAUCGAUGUCGAGCCAAACGGAGUUGCUUGUGAAAGGGGUGCAAGUGCUAGACCUUCGACCCCGGGAACAGCCCCUCCAUCUGUUACGGCGGCCAAUGGCUCGUACGCCGGGAUUGCAAGGCACACACUGGGUGUAUUGCUCUUAUUAGCUGUUGUGGUCCUUUGGACUCUUUCUAAUCUUUUCAUGAGCACCAUUCUUGCGGACAAGACUUUCCCAAAGCCGUUCUUUGUGACAUAUUUUAACACUGCGUUCUUCACAUUGGCCUUGUUUAGAUUCAUUACUAGACGUCUUUUUGGGAAAAGAGCUGCCAAUCCGGAAUCACUGCGAGGGGAUGCACCUCUGAAUCCGGAUGAAUCACGCCCUUUUCUCGGUUUACAGGGAAAUGAUAUUACAGAGAGGGACAGCCUGGCAUCUGCACGGCUUUCUGGAGACUCGUUGCUGGAAGAUGGAAAGCCAGUGGCCCCUGAAAAAUUGGAUCUUCGAACGACUUCUCGACUGAGCCUCGAGUUUUGUCUCUUAUGGUUUUUUGCAAACUACUUUGCAAUUGCGUGUCUUGAGAAUACUACCCUUGGAAGUGCCACAAUUUUAACAUCGACGAGUGUAGUAUUAGGCGUAUGGACCUUGGUUUUCGGGGCCUUGCUUGGAGUGGAGAAAUUCACGACACGCAAACUCCUCGGCGUUGUUGCCUCUCUAAUAGGUAUUGUUAUUAUAUCAAGAGUCGACCUGUCUGGUUCCAGCGAUAAGAACCGUGGAUCCUUUCCUCACAAAUCGCCGACGGAGCUCGCUGUGGGCAAUGCUAUGGCAGCACUCAGCGCCAUCUUAUAUGGUGUUUAUACAACCGUGAUGAAGAAGCAAGCCGGAGACGAAAAUAGAAUUAGCAUGCCUCUAUUUUUUGGCCUAGUUGGUUUAUGGAAUACGAUCCUGAUGUGGCCCGGAUUUCUUAUUCUUCAUUUUACAGGCUUGGAGACAUUUGAAUGGCCAGAUAAAGGGUUAAUAUGGUCCAUCAUUUUGGUAAAUGCCGCCACCUCCUUGAUCUCAGACAUUUGCUGGGCUUAUGCUAUGCUCCUUACUACACCCUUGGUUGUUACGGUGGGAUUGAGCAUGACAAUCCCUUUGUCACUGGUGGCGCAAAUCUUCAUCCACGGACAAUACUCAAGCCCUCUAUACUGGAUUGGAGCUGCGGUCGUCUUUUUCUCUUUUAUAUUCGUGAAUCAGGAAAGCAAGGCGAAGCAAGGCAGCCGAAGUGGAUAG